AGGUUUUCAAACCAUCCAGGUGGAAAUUUUUCAUUUUGUGUAAGCAGGAAUUGUACGCAUAUUAACGAUGAAUGCAGAAAAAGUAAUGAAUGUUGCAAAUUUAAAGAUCUUCUAGUCACUUGCAGAUCCAAAAUUCAAAUGGGAAUAAAACCAAAGAGUGAUUCUUCGUCCGCAAAAAUGUAUGAACAAAUAAAAACACAGGGCAUUCAUGUGAAGCCAACUUCAGCCCAUUAGUGUAUAAGGUUCGGAACUGAUAUUUGUCUAUAAUGUUUUAAGGAAUGUUAAAGUAAAAUAAAGUCAAUGCAAUUUAUUUUGUGUUUCUUUUUGGUUUGUUUUUGGAGUUCAUGUUAUGAGCAUGGCUUCAGUUACAGGUGACAAUAAGCUUGCAGAUAUAGACAAAGAGGUAAUGACCGAAGAUGAAGUGACAGGGGAUGAAGAGACCUGGGAUGAAAUGACCGGGGAUGAAGUGAACGAAGAUGAAGUGACAGGGGAUAAAGAGACCUGGGAUGAAAUGACAAGGGAUGAAGUGACAGAGGAUGAAGUGACAGGGGAUGAACAGACCGGGUAUGAAAUGACAGGAGAUGAAGUGGCAGGGGAUGAAGAGACCGGGUAUGAAAUGACCGGGGACGAAAUGAUAGGGGAUAAAGAGACCGGGUAUGAAGUGACAGAGGAUGAAAAAAACGGGGAUGAAGUGACAGGGGAAGAAAUGACAGGAGAUAAAGUGACAGGGGGAUAAGGAGACAGGGGAUGAAGAGACAUUGGAUGAAGUGACAGAGGAUGAAAAAACCGGGGAUGAAGUAACAGGGGAUGAAAUGACCUGGGGAUGAAAUGACCGGGGGAUGAAGAGAACGGGGAUGAAAUGACCGGGGACGAAAUGACCAGAGAUAAAAUGACAGGGGAUGAAAUGACAGAGGAUGAAAUGAACGGAGAUAAAAGACAGGGGAUAAAGUGACCUGGGAUGAAAUGACCGGGAAUGAAGUGACAGAGAAUAACAUGACCGGGGAUGAAAUGACCAGGGAUGAAGUGAAGGGGAUGAAGAGACCUGGGAUGAAAUGACCGGGGAUGAAGUGAGAGGGGAUGAAGAGACCGGGAUGAAAUGACCGGGAAUGAAAUGACCGGGAUGAAGUGACCGAAGAUGAAGUGACAGGGGAUGAAGUGACCUGGGAUGAAGUGAGAGGGGAUGAAGUGACGGGGGGUGAAAUGACCGAAGAUGAAGAGAACGUGGAUGAAAUGACCGGGGACGAAAUGACCAGAGAUAAAAUGACAUGGGAUGAAAUGACAGAGGAUGAAAUGAACGGAGAUAAAAGACCGUGGAUGAAGAGACAGGGGAUAAAGUGACCGGAGAUGAAGAGAACAGGGAUGAAAUGACCGGGGACGAAAUGACCAGAGAUAAAAUGACAGGGGAUGAAAAGACAGAGGAUGAAAUGAACGGAGAUAAAAGACAGGGGAUAAAGUGACCUGGGAUGAAAUGACCGGGAAUGAAGUGACAGAGAAUGACAUGACCGGGGAUGAAAUGACCAGGGAUGAAGUGAAUUGGAUGAAGAGACCUGGGAUGAAAUGACCGGGGAUGAAGUGAGAGGGGAUAAAGUGACAGGGGAUGAAGAGACCUGGGAUGAAAUGACCGGGGAUGAAGUGGCAGGAAAUGAAGUGACAAGGGAUGAAGUGGCAGGGGAUGAAGUGAGAGGGGAUGAAGUGACGGGGGUGAAAUGACCGAAGAUGAAGUGACAGGGGAUUAAGAGAACUGGGAUGAAGUGACAGGGGAUGAAGUGACAGGGGAUGAAGAGACCGUGGAUGAAAUGACAGGGGAUGAAGAGACAGGGGAUGAAAUUACCGGAGAUGAAAUUACAGGGGAUGAAGUGACAGGGGAUGAAGUAACAAGAGAUGAAAUGACCGAAGAUGAAAUGACAGGAGAUGUAGAGACCGGGGAUGAAGUGACAGAGGAUGAAAAAACCGUGGAUGAAGUGACAGGGUAUGAAGUGACAGAGGAUGAAAAAACCGGGGUUGAAGUAACAGGUGAUGAAGAGACCGGGGAUGAAGUAACAGGAGAUAAGGAGACCGGGGAUGAAGUGACAGGGGAUGAAAUUACCUGGGAUGAAAUAACCAGAGAUAAAAUGACAAGGGAUGAAGAGACCGGGGAUGAAAUGACAGGGGAUGAAAUGACCGGAGAUAAAAGACAGGGGAUGAAGUGACCUAGGAUGAAAUGACUGGGAAUGAAGUCACAGAGAAUGACAUGACCGGGGAUAAAAUGACCGAAGAUGAAGUGACAGGGGAUGAAGAGACCUGGGAUGAAAUGACCGGGGAUGAAGUGGCAGGGGAUAAAGAGACCUGGGAUAAAAUGACAGGGGAUAAAGUGUCAGGGGAUGAUAAGAUCUGGGAUGAAAUGACCGGGAAUAAAGUUACAGGGGAUGAAGAGACCUGGGAAGAAAUGACCGGGGAUAAAGUUACAGGGGAUGAAGAGACCUGGGAAGAAAUGACCGGGGAUGAAGUGACAGGGGAUGAAAUGACAGGGGAUGAAGUGACAGGGGAUGAAAUGACCGGGGAUGAAGUGACAUGGGAUGAAGAGAUCGGGGAUGAAGUGACAGGGGAUGAAGAGACCUGGGAUGAAAUGACCGGGGAUGAAGUGGCAGGAAAUGAAGUGACAAGGGAUGAAGUGGCAGGGGAUGAAGUGGCAGGGGAUGAAGUGGCAGAGGAUGAAGUGUCAGGGGAUGAAGUGACAGGGGAUAAAGUCAUCAUCAUCACUUCUUUGAAUUCCUCAUGGAACAUAGGGCCUCGACAAAACACGCCACUCUCCACGGUCUCUUGCUAGCUUUUUGAUGGUGUCCCAGCUCUUCCCGGUCUUCUCAGCUUCUUCAAGUACACUGCGUCGCCAUGUUCUUUUUGGUCUUCCUCUGCGUCUUGUUCCUUGGGGGUUCCACUCUAAGGCCUGCCUAGCUCUGUUGCUGGUAUCUUUUCUAUGGGUGUGACCAAUCCAUCUCCACUUCCUCUCUAAGAUAUGCAUUUCUAUAUUUUUCUGUCCACUCAUCUCCCACAGUUUGGUGUUUUCUACUUUGUCAUACCAGUGUAUUUUUAGGAUAUUUCUCAGGCAUCUGUUGAUGAAGGUCUGUAUUUUUUUUUUGUUGUGGCUUCAGUUGUUCUCCAUGUUUCAGAACCAUACAGUAGGACAGCCUUGACAUUAGAGUUAAAGAUUCUUAGUUUAGUCUUGUUUGAGAUGUAAGGAGAUUUCCAGGUUGGUUUUAGCUGUGUAAAUGUCUGACGUGCUAGAUUUAUACGGCGUUUAAUGUCUUCAUCUGUUCCACCUGAUAUACUGACUACACUCCCAAGGUAUAUAAAAUUUUCUACUUGGUCUAUUGUCUGAGAAUCCAAUACUAUGUCUCCACUUUUUUUAUUGUUUACUUUAAGUACUUUAGUUUUUUGGUGGUUUAUUUUGAGGCCUACUCUUUUUCCUACUUCGCUUAAAGCUGUGACCUUUUCUUGCAUAUCUUGUAGUCUGUGUGAUAAUAGGGCUAUGUCAUCAGUGAAUUCCAGAUCUUCCAGAUUUUGUGUGAGAGUCCAUUGGAUUCCUUACCCUGCGUUAGAGUAGGCUUCUUUUGUGGCCCAAUCCAGUACUAGAAGGAACAGGAGUGGUGAAAGAAGACAUCCCUGUUUGACUCCUGUUGUGACUGGAAAUUCCUCUGACAGCUUGCCACAGUGGGUUACUUGGCAGUUGAAACCAUCAUAAAGGUUCUUGAUUAUGGUUAUUAUUUUAUUGGGGAUCCCAUAAUGUCUCAUUACAGUCCAGAUAGAUUCUCUGUCGACGCUAUCAAAAGCUUUUUCAAAGUCAACAAAAGUUGCAUAGAGAGGAGAUUGCCAUUCGACACAUUGUUCUAAAAUUAUCCUGAGUGUAGCUAUUUGGUCAGCACAAGAUCUCCCUUUUCUGAAUCCGGCCUGUUCUUCCCUUAGGUGUUCAUCACAUGCUCCCUUUAUUCUGUUUAGUAGGAUUCUGCUAAAAAUCUUGCUUGGUACUGACAGCAAAGUGAUGCCUCGCCAUUUCUCACAUUGUGAUAGAUCUCCACUCUUUGGUAUUUUUAUUAGCAAGCCCUUUUUCCACUCACCCGGAGGUGUUUCUGUUAACCAAAUUUUGUUGAAUAGUUUGUGC